UUUGUGGACGUGGACGUGGAGCCCUCCGAGCACUGUGCCCGCAGCUCCUUGCUCCUCGCCGACCCCCAGGCCGGCACCGCCUACGGGCCCUACUGUAGGAACGCCGUCCCCACCGCCCCGCUCCUGCUGACAAACUCCAGCACCGUGACCGUCCUGUUCAACAGCACCAGCCACCGCUCGGGACGAGGCCUCCUCCUGUCCUACGCCACCUCGCAGCACCCAGACCUGGUCUCCUGCCUGGUUCGAGGCACCCACUACACGCAGGAGCACGUCAGUGUGUACUGCCCUGCCGGCUGCAAGGACAUCGACGGGGACAUCUGGGGCAACCCGAGCCAGGGCUCCCGGGCGACCUCGGUGCUGUGCAAGGCGGCCGUGCACGCCGGGGUGAUCGCGGACGAGCUGGGCGGGCAGGUCACCCUGUCCCGGGAGAAGGGCAUCACGCUCUACGAGUCGGCCUUCGCCAACGGGCUCCACUCCAAAAGAGGAUCCCUCUCCGAGAAACGGCUCAUAUUCCACAAAGCCUGCGGUGAUGCGCUGGAGGUGGCCGCCUUCAACGCCUCAUCCUGGUGGCACGAGGUGGACACGCUGGGGCAGGAGGGAGCCUGGGUGGCCGAACGGGCAGCGCUCAGCACUGUCGGCCACCGCGACGGGAAGAACUGGAGACCCUACAGGGGCAGCGGUGGCCAGGAGGACAAGGUUUUUGAAGGAAACGCUGACAGCUACGGGGAGGUCUCCAACGCCUUCAUCCCCCCCAUCAUCGCCCGCUACGUCCGCAUCACACCCCAGAGCUGGCACCAGCGCGUGGCCUUGAAGGUGGCCCUGGUGGGCUGCCAGCCAGCGCGGACCCGCGCACCCCGGCCCUAUGUGCCCAGCGUCCCCAAGGAGGUCCCCGUCCCCACCAGCCGCCCGGCCAGCCACACACCCAUCCCCGGCGUCGCCCUGGACCCGGAGAAGGCAGGCUCCACGCUGCUGGUGAUGCUGCUCGUCGGUGGCUUCGUGCUCCUCUGCUCCAGCCUCCUGCUGCUGGCUUUCCUCUGCCACAGGAGGAGAAAGCCGGCGGUGGAGCUGAGCUGUGGAAUCACAAAAGGGUACCCCAAACUGGAGCCGAGCCCGGUGUGCUCCCUGCAGAGCCUGCCGCCCCCCAGCUCCGCGCUGGCUUCAUUCCCCACGGUGGUUGUGCCAGAGGACCUCAGCCAGACCCAUUCGCCAGAAUACGCCGAGCCGGACCUGGUGCAGCUGAGCCCCAGCAGCCAGACAGGCCCCUCCACCUUCAAGCCUCUCCUGGACGAGGGCUACACGUUGCCGCUGGUCAUGAGCCACUACGACGUGCCGGGAAAAUACCACGAGUACGCCGAGCCGCUGCCGCCCGAGCCGGAGUAUGCCACGCCGUUCAGCGAGCCUGAUGGCACCCGCGGCAUCACAGGGCUCCCCGGUGUUCCCUCGGUGCGGUACGAUGCACCCACUCCCCGACCCGGGGAAGGAGAAGCCCCUCCGUGGGGUCUCGGCGGGCGGACAGAGCGGACUGCCAAUGUCCCCUCUCCCCAGGGGUCCCAUGUCCAGCUGGGGGACUGUCCCCUCUCACAUGUGUACCACGAAGCCUUGUGA